AUGGACCACAUGCACAUGGCCAGUAGCACAUCCAGUGCCUCCAUGGCCAGCGCAACCUCCAUGGACAUGUCUGGCAUGGACAUGACAAUGGACGCCACCGGCCACAUGCACAUGGGCAUGAAGGACAUGAUGAUGACAUUCUUCACCGCCACCACAACUGCCCUCUACGCCGAUUCCUGGACACCCGCCACCUCCGGCCAGUACAUCGGGACAUGCAUUUUCCUGAUUGUCCUCGCGGCCAUCUUUCGCGGAAUCGUGGCCGUCAGGGCAAACUUCAACGCCUUACUUGUCCGAUGGUCUUGGAAGCGUGACACCAGCAUUCUGCGCAAGGAUUUCGAGUCCAUCGGAGGAAACUUGAGACUGAUAGCCGACAAGGGAAGGCCGUGGAACAUCAAUGAGGCUUUGGCAAGGGCUGCGUUGGACACCGUGCUUGCUGGCGUUAGCUACCUACUGAUGCUGGCGGUUAUGACGAUGAAUGUUGGGUAUUUCAUGUCCAUAUUAGGUGGGACAUUUCUGGGAAGCUUCGUGAUUGGGGAUUGGGAUCCGACAGGAGAUCACUGUGAUGGGCACUGA